AUGACAGGGAUAAUAGAGAUUAUGCGUAAACGGUUGAUGGAUAGCAUCAAGGCUGUACAACCUCCUGGAAAAUGGAAGAUCGUUAUUGUUGACUCGAAGAGCACGCGUAUAUUGAAUGCUGCUUGCAAGAUGUAUGAUAUCUUGGAAGAGAAUUCCUUAUGUGAUGAUUCUUCUUCAGUGGUGGAAAACAUCGAGAGACAACGACAGCCUUAUCCAACGUUAGAUGCAGUCUAUUUUCUGACACCGUGCCGGGAAUCAGUACUUCGACUAGUGGAUGACUUCACAGCUCAUAAAACGCCAAUGUAUAAAGCAGCCCAUAUCCAUUUCACGAGCGGUCUGGACGAUGAGCUAUUCAGUGAAUUGAACAGGAAAUUCAAGGCCGCUGGUGCUUCUGAAUACAUCCAAAGCUUGAAGGAAAUGUAUGUCGAUUUUAUGGUGAAAGAAUCGGCUGUAUUCACAGUAGAUCCUUCCGCAGGGUUCUUAUCUGUGUAUGGCACUGACCCACAUGCAAAUCCAGAGUUUGCGCUGAGUAUGAUGGCAAAACAGCUGUUGUCAGUAUGCGCUACGUUAGGUGAAGAUCCCAUUAUCCGAUACCAGGUUACACCAUCAUCCGAUAUUCCUGAAUCAUCUUCCGCUACGCAUAAGCUUGGCAGCAUGCUACAGGCUGAAUUAGACAAUUUUUGCCGACUCAAUCCCAAUUUCCCGCCAUCUCACAACCCUCCUCGCCCACGAGCAACAUUAUUGAUACUUGAUCGCACAAUCGACACAAACGCUCCUCUUCUUCAUGAAUUUACAUAUCAAGCUAUGAUAAACGAUCUUCUAUCCGUCGAGGAUACGGAAUACGGCACAGGCAUCAAAUACUCAUACAGCUUCAACCAAGUCGAUGGAUCUAUUGGAACAAAGGAAGUCAUUCUCGACGAAGAUGAUCCAGUUUACAUGUCUAUACGCCACUUGCACAUUGCCGAUUGCACAGAUCGAUUGAUCGAAGAAUUCAACAAAUUUUUGGAAGAGAACAAGACUGCCGUGCAGAAUGGUGAUCGAGAUGGACCUCCCAAGGAUUCAGCAAAAAGCUUGAAAGAUAUGAAAGAGAUGCUUGGAAAUCUGCCCCAAUUUCAAGAAAUGAAGGCGAAGUAUUCAGCACAUUUGAACAUUGCUCAAGAGUGCCUGUCCGUCUUUGAAAGACACAAGCUUAAUUCAGUGGGGAACCUUGAACAGAACAUUGCGACGGGCGAAACAUCGGAUGGAGAAACACCAAAAACAAUCGUGCUGGAUAUGGUUCCUUUAUUGGACGACUCUUACGUGAGUCUUGCUGAUAAAGCAAGGUUGUUGAUGCUGUAUAUCAUAUCCAAGGAAAAUGGUGUCUUUGAAGAUGACAAACGUAAGUUACUGGAGCAUGCCAAACUCAAAGGCGAGCUUCGAGAUGCCGUCAACAAUCUAUCACUAUUGGGCGUGCAAGUGACAAGAGAAAGACGUACGGCUGGUGAAAAGUCCUUUCGCAAAAAGAAAGAUCGAAAGCGAAACCAGCAUGAAGAGAUGCCAUAUGAACUCUCACGAUAUGUUCCAACCGUCAAGAAAGUCAUGGAGGCACAUUUAUCCAAUAAUUUGGACGCUUCCCAGUUUGCAUUUACCCGUCAAUCAGAUGUGGAUGUCGCGGAUCCUAGCCUAAAUGUUUCUGGUGCACCAGGAAUCCCGUCAAGUGGGGUUUCAUUACGAACCACCAAACCCACAUGGAGUAAGAAGCCAAAUAUUGCGAUGCAGGGUCAACAUCGACAAUCAUCCGGCGCUAAGCUGAUCGUAUUUGUGAUUGGGAAUGUUACUUACUCUGAGAUAAGGUCGGCUUACGAAGUAGCUGAGGCGUACAAUCGUGAUAUAUAUAUUGGUACAACGGAUGUGAUACGUCCUGUAAGAUUUGUGGAAGAAACAGGUCGUUUGCGACUACCAGCAGAGCCUAUCAAAUCCAUCAUCACACCCUACACACCACCAUCACCACCAGCAACCAAGUCAUCUGCGAUACUUCAACACAUGCCGCACCUAAACGCUUCCAGCUCACAUUUGAGCCUGAAUAGUCUCAGUAUUCGUAGUGGAGGAUCAGGAUCACCAGUGGAAAGGUCAUCUGAGGAGAAAGCCGAAAAGAAAAAGAAAAAAGGGUUGAAGAAACUUUUUGGAUAA